UUUUAAUUUGUCGAAUAAAACAUAUGUGUUGAAAAUAUAAAUUUUUCAAGAUGUUGCGAACAGUAACAGAUUAUUUUUUUGUGUUAUUUAAUUGUAUUAUUUAUUUAAAGUUGUAUUAAAGCAAGAUUAGAAGCAGAGGUCAUGGUGUUGAAGCUUGCGGGACCCCCACUCUCGAUGUUGGGCUUCUCCCAGUUCAGAGGCAGUUGGUCUUCAGGCGUCUUGCUCGACAGAAAAAUGUUGAAGCUGCUGCUUUUUACUACAGCGGCUUUCAUAAAUGAAUUCGGAAUUGCUGCAGGGGCCGAAGUAAGUGCUGCUUCUUCGAAUGAUCUAUCAGAACAAGCUGCGGCAGAAUACCUUAAAAAACUAAAUAAAGAAUUUGGAGAAAAAGCAAACCUUGCAACAAAUGCAGAAUGGGAUUAUGGAUCAAAUAUCACUCCAGAAACAUUAGAAAAGAAGUUGAAUGUUUCUGCCGAAAUUGCGAAAUGGAAAAAGAAUAAAUGGGUAGAAACUAUUAAAUAUCCUUGGAAAACUUAUAAAGAUGAAAAUAUAAAAAGACAAUUUAAAUUUGCUACUAUUCUUGGAAUGGCAGCAUUACCUGAAGAUAAAUUUAAAAGGCUUGAUGAAGUAACUUCUAAGAUGGAAAGCAUUUAUAGUACAGCAAAGAUAUGUGAUUUCCACAACAAAAGCAAUUGUAAUUUGAGCCUUGAACCAGAGAUCACUGAAAUUUUGAGAAAGAGUCGUGAUCCAGAAGAAUUGAAACAUAUUUGGGUUGAGUGGCAUAAGGCAUCAGGAGGAAAAUGUAAAAAAUUGUUUGAGGAAUACGUUCAAAUUUCAAAUGAAGGAGCUAAACUCAAUAAUAUGACUGACCUUGCUGAACUGUGGAAUUUUGAUUUUGAAUCGGAUGCUUUUGAAAAAGAUAUAUUAGAAUUGUGGUCUCAGGUUAAACCUUUAUACCUUCAAAUGCAUGCUUACAUGAGGAAGAAACUAUGGGACAAAUAUGGUGAGAAUGUUCUUUCAAGAACAGGACCAAUUCCUGCUCACCUAAUGGGCAAUAUGUGGGCGCAGACUUGGUCAAAUUUAUUUGACUUCACAGCCCCUUAUCCUGGUCUGGAAUCCUUGGAUGUGACAGAUGAAUUGAUUAAACAGAAUUAUACAGCACUUAAAAUGUUCAAAGUCGCAGAGAAUUUCUUUACUUCCUUGAAUUUAAGUGCAAUGCCACCAUUAUUUUGGGAAAGAUCAAUUAUAGAGAAACCUGAGGGAAAAGAACUUGUAUGUCAUGCUUCAGCUUGGGAUUUUUACAAUGGUGAAGAUUUCAGGAUAAAAAUGUGUACUAGAGUGGAAAUGGAAGAUUUACUCACAAUUCAUCAUGAAAUGGGACAUAUCCAAUAUUUUCUACAAUACAAAGAUCAACCUUAUCUUUAUAAAGAAGGAGCUAACUCUGGUUUUCAUGAAGCAGUAGGAGAUGUAAUAUUUUUGUCUGCUGCCACAACAAAACAUCUUCAGAGACUAGGAUUGCUUAAAGGACAAAAUUCGAAUGAUGACAAGCAAGAACUAAAUUCUCUUUUCCAAAGAGCAUUGGAUAAAGUAUCAUUCCUUCCUUUUGGUCUUCUCAUGGAUCUUUAUCGUUGGAAUAUUUUCAAAGGAAAAACCCUUCCAGCCACGUAUAAUAGAGAUUGGUGGUUACUAAGAGAAAAAUAUCAGGGAGUUGAACCACCAGUUGACAGAACUGAGCAAGACUUUGAUCCAGCUGCAAAAUACCAUAUUGUCGCAAGUGUUCCUUAUGUCAGAUACUUUGUCAGUUUCAUUAUACAAUUUCAGUUUCAUCGGUCUCUGUGCAUAGAGGCUGGUGAAUUUGAUCCUAAUAAUCCAUCCUCAAAACCUCUUCAUGAAUGUAGUAUUUACCAAAGUGCUAAAGCAGGAAACCUUUUAGGGAAUAUGCUGAAAUUAGGAUCAUCAAAACCUUGGCCAGACGCAAUGGAAGUUCUUACUGGACAAAGAAAAAUGGAUGGAACUGCUCUCCUUCAAUUCUUUCAGCCAUUACAUGAUUGGUUAAAGGAACAGAAUGAGAAGACAGGAGAAAAAAUUGGAUGGGAACCAUCUAAGAGAAAUUUCGGACAGCAGCAACAACCAGCCACUACUCCUGCAGGCGCCUCAAGUUAAUAAUUAUAAUAUAUAAAAUUAACUAAUAUUUUAAUGUUUGUUCUAACAUUUGUGUUUUAUUGCUUUCUGUGUGUUUGUUCAUUGUUGCUUAAACCAUUGGUGGGCUCUCUAUAUUUUAUUGAAAAAUUCAUACUUUUUUUUAAUGUUAUUUCUAUCGACUAGAGAAAAAUAACCUAGACUCUGAAUUCCACUGAAAACUGUAAAUAACAUUUUAUAAUGAGAUUAUGAUAUUUAAUUUAUUUUUAUAAGACAUUAUUUAUAAACUAUGAUACUCAUUUUUGAUAUUCAUGUUUGUUAAUAUUUUAAGAUGUAUUUUUUGUAUUUUCCGUUUCAUUUUAAUUUUGUAAUGUAAAUCUAGGAAAUAUACCACUGCCAGCCUUACAAGACAUUGAGAAAAUAUAAAUAAAUAUUAAAAUUCUUUUAUAUUCAUAGUUAAUAUGUCUAAAGGGAAUACAUACUUGAGCAGAACAGAAAGAUGAAUUUGAUUGGCUGUGGUUGAAUUAAGUUGUAUAAGCUGAGAUUUCAUGUCAUUUAUUUUGAUAGGAAAUUUGUGAUUAACGAAAAAUGUUAGCAAAAACAUUUCUCCCAAAAUGCAUUUCUUUUUUAUUAGAAAUUUUAAACUAAUCAUCACUCCAUAAUGUCUGCAUGAUGUUUCACUUCGCUGGAAUUAAAACUGAGAAGUUUUUUUAAGAG